UUAUAUUUAGCUCUGUGUGUGGGAAAACCAGAUAUGCAGCAUCUGGGCGAGAACAAAAAAUAACUUGGUGUAAGAGAAUAGAACAGCGGAUAACAGAUGUAAAAUUUUGCAUUCAUUGGUUCCAGUUAUAUGAGAUGGCAAAUAUUCCACAAGUGUUGCUGAACGUUCUUCAUAACUUGGGGGAGAAGGACCUUAAGUUAUUUCAGUGGAAGCUGACCAAUGGUGUGGAAGGUUUUAAGAGCAUCCCAAAGGCAUUUCUGGAGAAUGCAGACAGAUCGGACACUGUGGAUAAGAUGGUUGCAAGCUAUGAGAUCAGUGGAGCUGUGGCAAUCACAUUAGCCAUCCUAAAGAAGAUAAACCAAAACCAACUGGCUGAGGAACUUGGGACCAAUCUCAGAGAAAGUAGCAACAUAUGUGAAGAACUAAACUUCUUCAGUCCAGCAGCUUCCUUCACUGCAACUCAGACUGAAGACUCAGUUAGUACUUUUAUUACAGGUGGAAAACAAUAUGGUCUCAGAAGGAUAGCAAAAUCAAAUUUUAAAGCAAAACUGGUAAAGCUGUAUGAGGGGACUUCAGUGGAAGGUGAUUAUAUGCCUUUGGAAGACAUUUACACAGAACUUUAUGUGAUUGAAGGCUGCACAGGAGGGGUGAACAGUGACCAUGAAGUGAGACAGGUGGAAGCAUUUUAUCCCAAAACAGAAGAAACUCCAGUCAAAUUCAGUGAUAUUUUCAAAGUGCAGUGUGACCAAAAUGUGCUUGGUGCAAAAGUACUGACAGUGGGAAUAGCUGGAGUGGGAAAAACAGCCUGUGUACACAAGUUUAUUCUCGACUGGGCUGAAGAAAACUGCAAUCAGGAUAUAGAUUUCAUAUUGUUCCUUUCCUUUCGGGAGCUGAACUUGAUCAAACAUGAACAAUACAGCCUGUGGGAUCUUCUACUAUACUUCCACGAUGAAUUCAAUGGUGAAGAUGUAACGGAGAUAUUAAAAGCAAAGUGCAGGAUAGUUUUCAUAUUGGAUGGACUUGAUGAAAGUAGAAUUCCUCUAAAAUUUCAGCAAAAGAAAAUAACUAAUGUAACAGAGAAAACAACUCUUGAUAAACUAAUAACAAGCCUAAUCAAAGGAGAACUUCUUCCUUCUGCUAUCAUCUGGAUAACCUCACGACCUGCAGCAGCCAGUCAGAUCCCACGCAAGUACUUUGAUCAUGUAACAGAAAUACGUGGAUUCAGUGACCCACAGAAGGAUCAGUACAUCAGGAAAAGAAUCAGAGAUCAGCAUCAAGCCAGCAGAAUAAUCUCUCACAUUAAGACAGCACGGAGUCUUCAUAUUUUGUGUCACAUACCUGUCUUCUGUCGGAUCUCAGUCACUGUGCUUCAGAAGAUGCUGACAGAAGGCAAAGACAUGAAAAAUGCUCCCACUACUCUGACGGAAAUGUACACACGGUUUCUGCUGUUUCAAAUGAUGCAAAAGUCUGAGAAAUAUGAAGGAGAGCAAAAAGAGAUUAAUACAGUUCAAAUGUUUACAAGAGACAAACAAAUAGGGGCACUGAACAUACUGAAGCUCGGAAGGUUAGCCUUUCUUCAGUUGCAGAAGGGACAACUCCUAUUCUAUGAGAGCGAUCUGAAAGAAUGUGGCAUUGAUGUUGAUGAAGCUCUGGUGUACUCUGGAGUGUGUACACAAGUUUUUAAAACUGAUGAGAAAAUCUUCAGCUUUGUUCAUUUGAGUUUCCAGGAGUUUCUUGCAGCCAUAUAUGUGUUCCUCACAUUCACUCAUGAAUUCAACCCUCUUCUUCAAACAACACUGGAGAAAAUAAAGUGGAAUUUAAAACACAGUCUGACUGACCUGCACAAGACAGCAGUGGAUAAGGCCAUGAAGAGUGAAAAUGGACACCUGGACCUUUUCAUUCGCUUCCUUCUUGGUCUCUCACUACAGUCCAAUCAGAGGCUCCUCAAGAGUCUACAGCCAGAAAUGAAAAUCAAAGAAGAGAGUCUGAAAGACACCAUAGAUUACAUUAAGAUAAAGAUCAGGAAGAAAAAAUAUUUUGAAAAGACACUCAAUCUCUUCCACUGUCUAAGUGAACUAAAAGACAACUCCCUGACAAGUGAAAUCCAGAACUUCCUGAACUCAGGCGAUCUCUCAACACAAACACUUUCAUCUACACAGUGGUCAGCUCUGGUGUUUGUGUUAUUGAUGUCAGAGGAAAAUCAACAAAGGUUUGAGCUGAAGAAAUACAGACCAUCUGAUGAAGGACUGAGGAGACUACUGCCAGUGGUGAAAAACACGAGACAAGCUCUGCUGGACCAUUGUAACCUUAGGAAAGACAGUUGUGAAGCAUUGGCAUCAGUAUUCCAUUCAUAUUCACAACUGAAAGAGUUGGACCUGAGUAGCAAUGACCUGCAGGAUUCAGGAGUGGAUCUGCUCUCUACUGGACUGAAGAGUUCACAUUGUAAACUGGAGAUACUCAGAUUAGCUGGUUGUAAUCUUACCAUAAACUCCUGUGAAACCCUCUGCUCUGCUCUCAAAUUAGAAAGCUCUACCUUAUCAGAGCUAAACCUUAGCAACAACAUCCUACAUGAUUCAGGAGUGGAAAUACUCUCUGCUGGACUGAAAAUAUGCAAACUGGAGACACUUGUGUUGGAGCACUGUAAUCUCAGUAAACACAGUUGUGAUGCAUUGGCAUCACUUAUCAGUUCGGAUUCACCACUAAGACAGUUGGAUCUGAGUAACAAUGACCUGCAGGAUUCAGGAGUUGAGCUGCUCUCUACUGGACUCAUUAGUUUGCACUGUAAACUGGAAGUACUGAGACUUUCUAUGUGUAAACUCAGUAAACAUUCCUGUAAAACUCUAGCAUUAGCCUUACAAUCAGGGAGUGUCCCCCUGAAAAAAUUGGAUCUUAGUAACAAUGACUUGCAGGAUUCAGGAGUGAAGCUGCUCUUUGCCGGACUGACCACUUCAUGCUGUAAACUGGAAAAACUAAGACUACUUGGCUGCAACCUCAACUUGAAUGCCUGUGAAACUAUCUGUUCUGCUCUGAAAUCAGUAAACUACCUGACAGAGCUGGACCUUAGCAGCAAUUUACUGCAGGAUUCAGGUGUGAAUCUCCUCUCUGAUGGACUGAAGAGUUCACAUUGUAAACUGGAGAUACUCAGAUUGGCUGGAUGUUUGAUUACAGACAAAGGCUUUUCUUCUCUGGCUUCAGCUCUGAGUUCAAACCCUUCACACCUAAAAGAACUAGAUCUGGCCUACAACCACCUGGGAGUAUCAGGAGUAAAACUGCUCUCUGCUAGACUGAAGGAUCCACACUGCAGAUUGUACAAACUCAGGUUAGCAUUCUGUAAGCUCACAGUGGAGUUUUGCAGAACAUUUGCGUUAGUUCUACAAUCAGUGCACUCUCCUCUAAAAGAACUGGACCUGAGUAAUAAUGAUCUACAUGAUUCAGGAGUAAAACUGCUCUCUGCUGGAUUGAAGAAUCCCUUCUGUAAACUGGAGAUACUCAGACUGUCUGGUUGUAUGGUAACAGAGGAAGGCUGUUCUUCUCUGGCCUCUGCUUUGAGAUCAAACCCUUCACACCUGAAAGAACUGGAUCUGACAUACAACUACCCAGGGGAUACAGGAGUGGAUCUGCUCACUGCUAGACUGCAGGAUCCAUCCUGCAGACUGGAGACGCUCAGGAUGGAACAUGAAGGGAAGAUACGGAUCAAACCAGGCUUAAGAAAAUAUGCCUGUGAGCUCACACUAGACCCAAACACAGCAUACACAGAUCUCACUUUGUCUGAAGGGAACAGAAAGGUGACAUGGGUGAGAGAGCAACAGUCGUAUCCUGAUCAUCCAGAGAGGUUUGACUGGUGGGAACAGGUCCUGUGUAGAGAGAGCCUGGCUGGACGCUGUUACUGGGAGAUUGAGUGGCGUGGGUGGGAUUAUAUAGCAGUGACAUACAAAGGAAUCAGUAGGAAAGGUGAUGGGGAUGACUCUAAACUUGGAUGCAAUAAUAAGUCCUGGAUUCUGAUUUGCUCUCAUAUUGGUUACUCUGUCAAAAGCAAUAAGAAAACUACUGAUAUACCUGCCUCCUCCUCUCAGUCUAACAGAGUAGGAGUGUAUCUUGAUUGGGUAGCUGGCACUCUGUCCUUCUACAGUGUCUCCACUGAUGCACACACACUGACCCACUUACACACAUUCCACUCCACAUUCACAGAACCCCUGUAUGCAGCAUUUAGGGUUUGGGUCAACUCCUCUGUGCAUGUAUGUCAGAUAAAGGAGUCUGCUGAAAAUCUCUUAUCAAGCAAUUUUUUGAAAUAAAAUAAAUGUAACAAUUAUUUGCUUUCUUACAAUUAAUACUUUGUGCAAACCGAAAGGGUCUUGUUUCUAUAAUGCUUGAUGACACACAGCAAGGAAUCUGAGACCAUUCCUCAAUACAGAAUCUCUCCAAGAUCCAAUCAUGAUCCAGUUUUAGCUUUUUGGCAACCAGAUUUGAAAAUCCUCUGGUACUUCAUGUCUAUGAUGUCAUCUAUCCUAUUAAUAUUCCUAUGGCUUUUGGAAAAUGCCCAAAAUCAUAGAUCCUAAAUUAGGCUCAUUUCAUUAUAACCAUCCGUCUUUUAAUGCCAAACCUACCUUGAGUGAUUCUUGCCAAAAGCUCUACUUAUGUCUUAUCUAACCAUAAAGCCCAGUUCUAGUAGAAUCUAGCAAACCCAAGGUGCUUAGAUUUGUGGUUAGAUGAAAUAAAAGGCUUUGUUCUAGCACACUUUUCAUAAAGUUUUUUUUGCAUGAAUGUAAUGUCUAAUUUUAGUCUAGGAGACUGUUACAGUAUCCAGCCAGUUCAUAACAAAUAAUUAAGGGAUACAACGAGUGGAAGUUGUAGCAGAAAAACUUGUCUUUAUUUUCACAUUAAGCAAAGAUAGCAAUACUGAUGUGAGCCAACUCGCUGGAUCCCCAACAGCAUUAGCUCCAAGGUGGCCUGAAAAUAAACCUGCAGUAAAGAGAGACAAAGAAAACAAGGCCCAGCUCUCCACAUUGAAAAGCCUUUUAACCAAACACCUGUGCGCUGGUGUGUCUCAGGAGUCCAAGCUCCGUCUUUCAAAUUCACCUGCAAUACGCUCAGGGCAAAACAAACCAGACAGCCCAGAGUCACAGAGGCUUGUGACCUCAAAAUGGUACCAUUGUCUGCAAAUCAAAACUAUUCUCCUCCUUGUGCAUGGGGACAAAAUACACUUAUGCCAUAUUCCAGGUAGAUUUACUAUAGCUAUGGUUGUUUUAAACUCCUUCAUGUUUGCCCUAAUCACAGUUAUGGACAUUUUUCGAUGUUUACCUAAUUUCAAUAGUCAUUGCCUAAUUUUUAGAUUUUUCUUUUUUCUAAAGAGUGAUUCAAAAUGUGUCAAAGCUUUGCGCCCCUUCUGUUUUAAAACAGUUCUUUGAGGCAUUUAUGAAAAUGAUCAACACGUUAGAUUUCAGCAAAUGAAGCGUCAUUACAUUAUCACUGUUUCAAAAUAUUAACAAUUACAUGGUUAUGAUACCAUAAUUUUGUGGUUGUGACACAUGAUUGUUUGGGUUUUUUUAAUGAGGAUUUGGAUUUUCUUACAAUGUACUUUUUUCUUUUUUCUAUUUUUGUCAAUAUUCUUGUCUGUAUGUAAAAUUACAGCUUAUUUUGUUAUAUACUUGCUGCUGUCUUUGCUCAGCCAUAAAGGAGUUAUGUGAUUGGUCCAAGGCCUUUUAUGACGGCACCGGAAAUUAGAGUUUUGCUACCUGCUGUUAGGGGGACAUGAGCCAAGGACAGCGCUGUCUGCACUCAAGAAACUCUGAAUGACCAGUUAAAUACUUAAAUACCCACUUAUGAGGUUUAUCUGAGUUUAUUCCCCAAAAACGUUGGAAAUAAAUUUUUUAUAUGACCAUUUACCAACCUCUCUUUAUCUGUCAGAAAUAAACAGACUGUUUUUAAGACUGAUAUUUGUACGUGAGCUCUGUUCUGAUUGGCUGCUCAAGAAGGAAUCUAGGCAGAGACACUCCUUAUAACUUCAGUGUGAAUGGGUGGAGCUAAACUGCUGCAGGCUGCAUAGGCUUACAUCGUUGUAUGAAAAUGUUUAGACACUCUUAGUCAAAUUACAUGUUUUAUUGAUUUUCUUAGUGUAAACAAGUGAACACAUCCUCUACAGAGAACACACUACUGCACAUUUUAAUGCACAAUUGCUGUUUACUGAAUAUAUAACAUGCAGAAUUAAAUUAAACAUGAAAUAUGGACUGUACAACAGUCAUGGUACAUUUUACAUUGUAUGUUCUACUUUCUUCCAAUUUGUUGAACUCAGCAAAUAAAUCGAAAUUGUGAAUAAAAUUAGCAGAAGUGCGAUAUUUGAGUUUGUUCCUUUUGGAGAAUGUGUGAACUUAUUGACUUAGAGUUAGAGUUUUGCAUGUGACUCUAUAUGCAACUGUGUUGAUCACAAAAACAGUGAACUCAAAGUAAGAUGUCCUUGCAGCUUAAUUUCCUAACAUAAACCUCAUAGACUGGGGAGGAAAAAUAUGUUAUGUUACAUACUACAUCAAAGUCCUGUAUUUAAAGAAAAUGAGAAAAAAAUCACUUGAUAUGAUGGCAUGAGCCCUUUCAGCAGGUUUUUUUCUACAGUUUAUCCUGUCAAUGAAUAGAGCACUAAAACUAAAACCCUUGUGUGGUACUUAAUGAUCAUCUUUAAAGAUUAAAUAGAUGUGUUUUUUGUGGUUGUAUGACUGCAAUUUAUGUGUUUACAGAGGAUGUGCUGGGACUGGAUUAAUAUUAUAAUUGUUAUAGUUUGUAUUUGUGAUGGGCAUCCAGGAGUUAAUUUUACCUCAAAGGCCUCAAAAGGCCUUCUUUUUUUCAUGAUCACAUUUGAGGUCCAUUUUUCUUGUUGCUUCAGUCUAUUCUGGGGUUGAACAUCUAAAAAGCUUCCUUAUUUGAUGAUUUUGACUUUCACCUGAUAUAAAUGGAGCCCCGAGGGGGUGGAAGUAAAAAUUAAAAAAUUCAUUCAAGUCAACGUUUUGCAGUUUGUGCUCAUUUUCAAUAAAUAAAAUGACCCAUUUUCAGUGUCUUCACACUGUUCACCCCCCACACAUUUAUAUUACACAUGUGGUGUUGGGCUGAACCCGCGGGGAGUAAAAGUGCGGAGGUGCUGUGUCACUUCUCUCUGUUCUCCUCCUACAUGGCCUGCUGUUAGUGUGUGUGUGUGUGUGUGUGUGUGUGUGUGUGUGUGUGUGUGUGUGUGUGUGAGGAUCGACAACAUGGACAGGCUGUUGACUGGCUACAGCUGCUAAAGGAGAACCCUACGCUGAACACUGAUAUUUAAACAUCUGAUAUUUUUACAUAAAUUGUUAAAUUGUUGUCUGUAUUGAUUUAAAAAAACAAUAAUGCGGUAGGUCACCAGACCACUGAGUAACAAACACAUCAACACCACACAAGGGUUAACUCAUUCCCAUGCUUAACAAUUCGUUCUCUCAUUUUUUAAUCAUGUGCAUG